UCAGUCAGUCCAGUCAGCCGUCAUCCACGCAUUUAUCUAUAUUCCCUUUUUCUUAAAUUAGCCACUUUUAAGCUUCGCGAUACCGCCCCCAAUUUCAGCCUCGGUACGGAGCCGCCAGGCCGGGACAGAGACGGAGAGAGAGGCCUCGGCCAUGGAAGCGCUCGGACCCGGCCCGCCCGCCCCUCCCUCUCUGUUUCAGCCUCCGCGGCGUCCCGGCCUCGGCACGGUGGGGAAACCCAUCCGGCUCCUUGCCAACCACUUCCAGGUGCAGAUUCCCAAGAUUGAUGUCUAUCACUAUGAUAUCGACAUCAAGCCUGAGAAACGGCCGCGGAGGGUCAACAGGGAGGUGGUGGAUACCAUGGUGCGGCACUUCAAGAUGCAGAUCUUUGGAGAUCGACAGCCUGGCUACGACGGGAAGAGGAACAUGUACACAGCACAUCCACUGCCCAUCGGGAGAGACAGGGUGGAUCUGGAGGUGACCCUGCCUGGCGAGGGGAAAGAUCAGACGUUCAAGGUGUCCCUGCAGUGGGUGUCCGUGGUCAGUCUCCAGAUGUUGCUCGAAGCUCUCUCGGGUCACCUCAACGAGGUUCCCGAGGACUCCGUUCAGGCUCUGGAUGUCAUCACGCGUCAUCUGCCUUCCAUGAGGUAUACUCCAGUGGGGCGUUCGUUUUUCUCCCCUCCGGAGGGCUACUAUCAUCCUCUGGGUGGAGGGAGGGAGGUGUGGUUUGGUUUCCAUCAGUCUGUCCGUCCUGCCAUGUGGAACAUGAUGCUCAACAUCGAUGUGUCGGCCACUGCUUUCUACCGUGCUCAGCCUGUGAUAGAGUUCAUGUGUGAGGUGCUAGAUAUUCAGAACAUCAACGAACAAACCAAGCCGCUGACCGACUCGCAGCGUGUCAAAUUCACUAAGGAAAUAAGAGGGUUAAAAGUUGAGGUCACACACUGCGGUCAAAUGAAGAGGAAAUAUCGUGUGUGUAAUGUCACGCGCCGACCUGCCAGCCACCAAACGUUCCCCUUACAGCUCGAGAACGGCCAAGCCAUGGAGUGCACAGUAGCUCAGUAUUUCAAGCAGAAGUACAAUCUGCAGCUCAAGUAUCCACAUUUGCCCUGUUUGCAAGUAGGACAGGAACAGAAGCACACCUAUCUUCCCUUGGAGGUGUGUAACAUAGUAGCAGGCCAGCGCUGUAUCAAGAAGCUAACAGACAACCAGACAUCCACCAUGAUCAAAGCUACGGCGCGCUCGGCCCCUGACAGACAAGAAGAAAUCAGCAGACUGGUCAAAAGCAACAGCAUGGUUGGGGGCCCGGACCCUUAUCUGAAGGAAUUUGGCAUUGUGGUGCACAACGACAUGACAGAAGUGACGGGGCGUGUCCUCCCAGCACCCAUGCUACAGUAUGGGGGCCGAGUGAGUACAGACACCGGGAGGGACUGCGGCAGGGGACUCUCUCCGCAGAAUAAAACCGUGGCCACGCCCAAUCAGGGCGUUUGGGACAUGAGGGGGAAGCAGUUCUAUGCUGGCAUCGAAAUCAAGGUCUGGGCCGUGGCCUGCUUCGCUCCACAGAAACAAUGUCGAGAGGACCUGCUCAAGAGCUUCACUGACCAGCUACGAAAGAUCUCAAAGGAUGCUGGGAUGCCCAUUCAGGGUCAGCCAUGUUUCUGUAAAUACGCCCAAGGAGCGGACAGCGUGGAGCCUAUGUUCAAACACCUCAAGAUGUCUUACGUAGGCCUGCAGCUGAUUGUGGUCAUCCUGCCUGGCAAAACACCGGUCUAUGCUGAGGUGAAGCGGGUGGGAGACACCCUCCUCGGCAUGGCCACCCAGUGCGUGCAGGUGAAGAACGUAGUGAAGACGUCCCCGCAGACCCUCUCCAACCUCUGCCUCAAGAUCAACGCCAAGCUGGGCGGCAUCAACAACGUCCUGGUGCCUCAUCAGAGGCCCUCCGUGUUCCAGCAGCCAGUCAUCUUCCUGGGUGCAGACGUCACACAUCCUCCAGCAGGUGACGGGAAGAAGCCGUCCAUCGCAGCCGUGGUGGGCAGCAUGGACGGUCACCCCAGCCGUUACUGCGCCACAGUGAGAGUCCAGACAUCUCGACAGGACAUGUCCCAGGUAAAUUCUGAGCAACUCUUUAGCCAGGAGGUCAUUCAAGACUUGACCAACAUGGUGCGGGAGCUGCUCAUCCAGUUCUACAAGUCGACACGCUUCAAGCCCACACGCAUCAUCUAUUACCGUGGCGGCGUGUCGGAGGGACAAAUGAAACAGGUUGCAUGGCCGGAGCUGAUAGCCAUCAGGAAGGCAUGUAUCAGUCUGGAGGAGGAUUACAGGCCGGGUAUUACCUACAUUGUGGUUCAGAAACGCCACCACACUCGUCUUUUCUGCUCUGACAAAGCUGAGAGGGUCGGGAAGAGUGGUAACGUCCCAGCUGGCACCACAGUGGACAGCACCAUCACACAUCCGUCCGAGUUCGACUUCUACCUGUGCAGCCAUGCUGGGAUCCAGGGAACAAGUCGUCCCUCCCACUACCACGUCCUGUGGGAUGACAACUGUUUCACGGCCGAUGAACUGCAGCUCCUCACCUACCAGCUGUGCCACACCUACGUCCGCUGCACGCGCUCUGUCUCCAUCCCAGCACCGGCCUACUACGCCAGACUAGUGGCUUUCCGUGCCCGCUACCACCUGGUGGACAAAGACCAUGACAGUGCUGAAGGCAGCCAUGUAUCGGGCCAGAGUAACGGCCGGGACCCCCAGGCGUUGGCCAAGGCAGUUCAGAUCCAUUAUGAUACCCAGCACACCAUGUACUUCGCCUGAGCUAGCGAGCACGUCAGCCAGUCCACCUGCGGACUCCCUUCUGUCUUUUUAAAUCUUUUUAUUUGCCAGUCUCUCUUUCUCUCUUCUUCUUCUCCCAUAUCUUUCUCUCCUUGUAGUCUGUCUCUUUCUCUUCAUACUCACUCUACAUUUUCUAAAUCUGCACCAAAGCGGCUCUUGGACAGGGGAAUCUGCUGUGUCCCAACGUCCAGCAGCUUUUAUUUCACGGAACAAGCUCCAACCAGCGUUCCCAACCGAGCCGUCGUUCUAACCAGCAAUCCAGCACUGCAAACCCAGAGGGUUUCCAAUGCACAGAAGAAAAAAAACAAAAAAAACAACGAAAAAACAAAAACAAACCAUACACACAUACUACAAGUUGAGCCAUUAUUUUGUGUUUGUUUUUGUUUUUUCUAUUUGAAUGUCUGCACUCUUGUGUUUUUAAAGAUACACUGAGCAAGGGAGUGGAUUGGCACAGUCUGUGUCAGCGCAGCUCUUUAGCUCUCCCAGCUAAGCAGGACUCUUAUCUACUUUUACCUCAAAGCCCUUUUGGGCAAAAUCUGUCACAAGGUCUUGGGUUUAUUGGGUGGCGGGGAGGGAACUCUACAUGAAGAGAUGGAGGGGAGUCGACCUUUUGAGAAUGAUAUAUAUAUUUUUUCCUUUUUAUGAGCGUGUGUUUUAACUUUUUCUCCUUCACGGUCUUUUACAAGCGAGGUGAUCUGGGUGUCCAUGCCCAUUACUACUUUCCUCCCAUCUUGGCAACGAAUACGCAAGUCUGUAUGCGUGUAAGCGUGUGUGUGUGUGUGUGUGCGUGCGCGCAUCUCUGUAUAUACGUACAUGUACUGCUGUUUGUGAGUGUGUUUGUGUGUGCAUGUGUGUAUUUCAUGGCAGGCCACUGAAUUGUAAAGGGAAAUCAAGGAGAUAACUGCUGUAAAUUCCUCAGAUUUGUUGUUUUUAUAUUCACACAUACAGUACAUAUAAACAUAUAUUUACAUCUAUAGAGCAACUUUGAGACAUAUGACUUAAUCAGGCCUCACAGAGGCUGGUGUGGGUAUUUGUAGCAGUCCUGGGUCGCUUAUUAACUGAAGUGAUUUAAGUAGCAGCUUGAACGGUUAUGGUGGGAUUUGCACCUUUGGGAACUAGCUGUUCCUUUUUGUGCUUCAAGCGAUCAUUGAAUCCCAGGAAGUAAAAAGUAACUUAAUCCAUUUCAGGUAGUAAGUGAAGCCAGGUCUGACGUGUAGCAGUAGUAACCGUGGUCUGGCCUGUGACUGGCUCAGCAUUGGGACCUGUUGAAUGGCUGACGGCAUUAAACACAGAGUUUGGUCUUAUCCGCCUCGCUUUCUGUGUGAAAAGCAGGAUCUUAUUUUUCUUUGGACCUGAUUAUCUGAAAGAUUAUAUGAGAACACUGUUCGACAUUGCUUUUCCUUUUUUUUUUUUUUUUUUUUUUCUUGUUUUAAGUAGUUUUAAAGUAGUUUCAAGGGCCGGAAACCAACGUAGUUUUUUUUGUUUUGAUUUGUUUUUUUGUGAGGUCUCCUUUGCUAAUACUGGCCAAUUCAUUGCACUGACCCGGGACGCUAGGCAAGCAACAGAGGGCACUCUCAAUCUCUCUUUACCUGUAUGCAUUUAUACAUACGAAUCAACAAAGCAGAUUUGUAAAAGUUUAAUAUAAGAUGUUUUGUGGUUAUCUUAAAAAAAACUGUUUAGGAUUAGUAGUUUACCAUUGAUGUUGUUGUUGUUAUUGUUGUUGUCAAUGUUGUUACUAUUGUGAUGAAAUUUUAAGGUUGGCAGCAAAGCCAGUUAUAUAGUUACUAGUGCGACUUCAGGAAAUAGAUUAAGUUGUUGAGCUGCAGGUUUAAAGGGGGGUAGAGCUUUGGGUUGGAAAUUUUUUGUAGCAUUUUGGCUAAUGGUGAGAAGACUUAAGCCCAAGGAUGGAUGAAUUCAUGCUUCCUCUGUAGGUUCUGAUCUGAAGAAAAGGUUAGAGGGAGAUUCGAGGUAUUGUGUAGCACUCCCGACUGGUUUUAAAAACAGAUCUACAGCUGUGCAUCACUCAGCUGGUGUCGGUUAGUUGUGAUUAGAUAGAUGGAGACAAUCGGGGAUUUGUAAUCAGAGUGAACCUAGAUUGAGGGAUUUGUUUAAAAAAACGGUUUGCGAUAGGCAAUGAGUUGAAUUUUUAGACUUUUUAAAAAAUGGUUUCUAUUACUCUGUGUGUAUUUGAAGUAUACCCAUCUUAAAGUCUCUAUUUAACAGUGUUUUUUCCUAUUUUUAUGCAUUUUUAACACUGGAUUAAAUGAAUUGACAAUAAGCAUAAGCACUGCCCUGGGACCCCCGUGUACAAACACUCAGCUAACUGUUACCAUGGACACCGCAGUAACACCACCAGAAGUGCUGUGGUGACAGUUGCACAAGUGGUGCCCCCUGGUGUU